UCCAGAGGAAAGGAAAACCCACCUUUUUCAUUGUUAGGGACUCGGUGGAAUGUAAUGGUUAGAACCCGCAGAGCAGGGAGGGGAUACGGGACAGCAGAGGCAAGCGAAAGCAACCGAGAGGGGGACGAGAACCUUUCUAGCGCCGAGGACGAAUAAUCUCGGAUCUAGGGGGGAAAAAAAAAACUGUGGUUGUUUUUUCACCGGUAGAGCCACCACGUCUCUCUCUCCCUCUGUGUUGAUCUAAGGACGGCGACCGAAUGUGUUUCGGGGAAAUAUCACUUUUCCAUAUGGCAAGGUCCCUGGAAGGCGCUCCCUAGGAGGAACGAGCAGGAACUGUUCUGAGCAAGAGGAGGAGUUCGGACCCCUGUUCCUCCAGAUCACCGUUCAGCAAGACCACAGACAGGAUGACAUGAUGGACGACCGUCUUGGCUGAUGCCCCAGAGCAGAAAUGACCAAGGAGGUCAAAACUAGCAGCCGGUAACCUGAGGCAUCACCAGGCUAAUAUGGACAGCAGAGUGUCAUCAACUACGUACUGUAUAUAAAUAAUGACAAUAAAUAAUAUAAUAUAAUCUUUUUUUUUUUUUUUUUAAGAACAAAAAAAUUGGAGACCUGGGACAAAAAAACAGGCAAAUGUGGACUCCAACAGUUUUAACAAGUAAUAACAUUUAAAUACUUAAAUUAAGAGGAAAAUCUUAGCCCGACGAUGACGGACUACAAGGACACCACGAACCGCCAUCUUCGGCACAAGCUGCAGAGUUUGUCGCGGCGCAUCGACGAGCUGGAGGAGGCGUCCAACAAGCUCCAGAAGUCUGAGGACGAGCUCCUGGACCUGCAGGACAAGAUCUUCCAGGCGGAGGGCGCCAACUCCGCCUUGCUGGGGGAGGUGGACGUGCUGAGGCGCAGGGUGCUGAAGAUCGAGGGGAAGGACGAGGAGGUGCGCAAGGCGGAGGACCUCUGCCGCCUGGUGCGGGAGAAGCUGGUGGAGGAGGAGGACCUCACCAGGGAGCUGAAGGCCGACAUCGAGCACCUCCAGAGUCGCAUGGCGGAGCUGGAGAAGCUGGAGGAGGCCUUCGGGAAGAGCAAGUCGGACUGCACCCAGCUGUGCCUCAGCCUCAACGAGGAGAAGAACCUGACGCGGAAGCUCUCCUCGGAGCUGGAGGCCCUCAAGGCGCGCGCCAAGGAGGUGGACGCGUCCGAGGGCCGCCUGGACCGGGCGGAGCAGGCGCUGGCGGCGGAGAUGGAGCGGCUGAAGGCGCUGACGCAGGCCUUCGUGGGCGAGCGCAAGCGGCUGCUGGAGAAGCAGCGGGAGGACGAGCAGGUCAUCCGGGAGCUGCGCGACAAGCUGGAGCGCAACAACCAGCUCACCGCGGCCGACCAGAGCCGCAACACCUCCAACCUGCAGGGGGGCCGGCCGCCGGCCGACACCGGGGACCUGCGCAUCGAGGACGACCUGCCGCCGGGCCUGUCCGCCAAGCUGGCCCUGCGCAAGAAGAGCCUGGACUUCCUGGACGACGUGGUGGGCGGACUGCGCAACAGCAAGUCGGAGAAGGAGAGGAAGAAGGGCGGGAUGCGGGACGGCCGGAAGGAGGAGGAGGACAACAAGGUGAAGGACCUGACGCAGGAGGUGGAGCGGCUCAAGAGCAGGCUCAAGCAGCUGGAGCUGGUGGAGGAGGACCUGAAGAGGACCGAGUGCAAGAACGGGGAGCUGCUCGAGAGGUUCCAGCAGGAGAGGGGCCGCAGCAGGGCGCUGAGCGACCAGAUCGAGCAGCUGAAGAUGCAGCUGGGCAUCGGCGGAGGCAUCGGCGGCGGCGGGGGAGGGAAGAUUUUGGAGAACGGCAAGGCGGAGAACGAGGAGAUAAACGUGCGGGGAGGGUUCAGGCAGGAGAAGCCCAAGUACCGGAGCGGGGCGGCUGAGCCCGCAGGCUCCAAGCACAAGGCCCGGGACCUGUCCCCGACGCUCCAGCGGAAGGAGACCAAGCUGCGGUCUAAAGAGCUGAGCCAAUCGGAGGAGAGCUCGCCCAAGAUGUCGCGCAGGGCCCUCAGCCCCGUGCACAAGAGCCGGAGGGGCCCAAAAAGCGGGAUGGAGGCGAAAGAGAAGAUGGCUUCCGCCGGUGAUGGCAAGAAGCCCUCGGUCCUCAGCCGCUACCCUCCGGCCGCCAACGACCCCAAGCCCUGGAAGGCGCCGGCGGGGUUGAUGACGUCCGCGGCCCUGAAGCCCGCGAAGGUCUCACAGCUGUACGCGGGCAGCGACAGCGAGUCCAACAGCUCCGACGUGCUGGCGGAACACCCAGGCAAGUCCGGCGGGGGGCUCGGGGGCGUUUCUCUGCCAGAAACGAACCAGGAGAUCCAGGAUCCGUUAGCUGCCGAGGGCCACCCCAACAAGGCCAAUGGAUCGUAUAUGGCCUACAAAUCCCAGGUGUCCUCGCACCUGACUCCUGCCGAUCUCGGGUCCGAGGGCCACUCCUCGGCCUCGGAGACGGAGUCUACAGGGUCCCGGCGCUCUGCGGGAGACCCAGAACCCCUGGCGAGCCAAGAGGGCACUGGAAGUGCUAGACCAGCCGCCGCUUCCGCCAAGCACUCCCGAUACUCCCGUCUGCAGGACUCGAACUCCGAGGGCUCCUCCCCUCGAAGCUCCUUUGACGAGGAGCGCACCCUAGUGACCACAGAGGGAGGGUCUAGCUCCGAGGCCACGCCCACUCACACGCCGUCGGGCAUCGAGAUCCGCCGCGUCUGCAGCCCCCGGGAGGCGCUGCGCUCCAAGGCCGUCAUCAAGCCCGCCAUCGUGGAGAUCGACCGGAAGGAAGUGAUGUCGUCGGGCGGUGCGUCGGAGCCCCUGGCCGCCAACGGAAAGCCCAGGAUCUCCACCAAGCCGGCGUCGCUGACCUGCACCUCCACGGGGAAGAUGACCAGCAGCAUCACCAUCUACCCCAACGACCCGGGCUCCUCCCGGACUAGCAGCCGGAGUUCCAGCGUGUCCAGCGAGCCGCCGUCGUCGGCGUCCCGGGAACGGCACACCUCGACGAGUAACAUCAUCAUCACCCCCGGCGACCACCACCGGAGCACCGUCUCCAUACCCUACGAGAUCUCCAUCCCCAAGGCCGAGAUCACCCUGCGGGAGCACGACAACGAGGAGGAGGGCGACGACGACGACGACAGCAACGUCGCCACGGAGACGUCCCGCGUGGAGACCCAGCUGGUGUCCCGCAGCAGCCUGACCCUCAGGUCGCCGUCGGACGCCGCCGCGACCCCGGACCUCAACAACGACACAGAGUCCGGGUUCGAGAGCGGCAGCAGCAGCACGACCACCGUCGCCAGCUGGAGGAGCCAUCGGAACCAGCCCUCGUCCUCGUCCCGGGACUACGGUCUCCCGGACAUGCGGAACGUGACCGUGCGGAGCACCUUGCGGACCCGGGGCGGCGCCGUCUCGGUCGACGAGGCGGCAACGGGCAGGUCGAAGGUCGCGGACGGGUCGGAGGACGAGGCGGAGAACAGCGCCACCACCUGGCGGGCGUACCGGGCCACCACGGUGCUGGACGCGGAAGAGACGCCGGCCGCGGCGACCGUGGCCGUGGCGACGAGGGCGGGCAAGCCCAGCCCGGCCGAGGUGUACAUGCAGCGGAUUAACAGCGCGGCUGGCGCCAGGGAGCCCCCCGAACCCGUGCGCCGGACGAAAAGCGCCAUCUCCCCGUCGGAGGGGUUCCGCAGGAGUGUCCCCCAUGAACCCGUCACCGCCCAGGAGCUCCAGCCCUGGAACCGGCCACAGCCCACGGCACUAGAAGAGACGACUGAAGCACCGAACAGCUCUUGGAGGAAGCAGUCCUCGAUGGACCAGGGGUCCUACGACCGGACAGCCAGCAAGAGGACGGGGGCCAGGCCGGAUAUGUGGGCGGGGCAGGGCGGGGUCAGGGGUCAGACGGGGCGAAACGAGGGUCGCAGUGGGGGGUCACGACCCUGGAGCUCCCCCCACACCGAAAUCUAG